AUGCCGACAGGUUUAUUACUCAGUGCCGACGAUUCAUCGAAUGAUGAUUUCGAACGUAGUUGGCAGCAAAUUGAACAUACUCUAUUGGCGCUCUUAAAUCAGCAACCUAUCAGCAAAAGGGAAUGGCAAGAUCUCUUUGCAUUGACUUUUCGAUUGAGUAUGUGGUAUGAAUCAUCCAAUCAAAUAAUUGUCGAUAACUUUAAUAGCGUUAUUAACAGAUUUGUCCUGGAUAAAAAGGAGGUUCUUGCAGCGCAGAGUGACAAGCUAGUCUUUUUGCAAGAAUAUGUACAAAUUUGGGAGACUUACUAUCGUUUAUGCGAUUACAUACCGCAACUAUUUAAGAGGUUGGAGGUAGCUUCAACCAACAAAUCUGGCAGUGCUGCUUUGUCAGUUAGUAAGAGAAAUAAAUGUCAAGCUUUUCGAGAUACAAUGUUGGAGAAAUGGAAAGAUGGUUUGCUUAAUUACCAUAUCCAAAGAUUAUUAGAUAAUGUAAUGGAGUUGAUAAUAGAAGAGAAGCGUAAUCAUAUUUAUAAUGGACAACUUAUUACGAAUAUAAAGGAUGCGCUUGUUCAUCUCCAUUGCUCUAAAGAUAAAGAUAAGUUGGAUACUUAUCAACAAUUUGAACGAGCAUAUAUGAAAAAUAUUUUAGAAUAUUACAAGUUACAAUCUUCAAUGGCAUUGGACGAGAUGUCUAUGUCGGAUUACAUUCGUUAUGUAGAUGCUAAACUACGAGAAGAAGAGGAUAACUGUCGGCGAUAUUUGGAAUUUAGUUCCAUGAAAGUUGUACUCGAAUCCAUAGAAAAUCAUUUAAUAAAUAGUCGAAAAUCUAUAUUAUUACAAGAGUGUUUCAAAAUGAUAAAGAAUGGCAAUACUGCAGACCUUAUUAUAAUAUUUAAGUUACUGGAUCGAGUUAAUGGAUGUAUUGACAACGUAUUGGAAGCUUUGAGCUCACACAUACUUGAAUCGGGAAUGUCAACUUUAUUGACUGAUGCGGAAGUUAUUAUUUGGGAUAGCGAAAAAUACGUUGAUAAAUUUAUAGGGCUUUACGAAAAGUUUAGUGAAUUGCUUAAAGGUGGUUUCAACGACGAUGCACGUUUUUUGUCAUGUCGAGAUCAGGCUUUUAAGAAAAUCAUCAAUGAUCGGACUAUUUUCUCUAUAAAUAUUCCAACAAAGAUCAAAGGCAUGGGUAAGCUUGAACCGGAGUCCAGGUGCCCUGAGCUAUUAGCAGGCUAUUGUGACUUACUGUUACGUAAAACUAACGUAAAUAAAAAGUUGACAUCUGGGGAGAUAGAAAGACGUCUAAAAGAUGCGCUUCUGUUAUUGAAAUACGUUCAAAAUAAGGACGUUUUUAUGAGAUAUUACAAGGUCCAUCUCAUGAAAAGGCUUCUCCUAGAUAUUACAGCUGACCAAGAGAUGGAAGAGAAUAUGAUCGAAUGGUUAAGGAAUAUAGAAAUGCCCGUUGAAUUUAUCAAUAAAUUAGCAAAGAUGUUUCAUGAUAUUCAUAUUAGCCAUGAUGUAAACAAUCUCUUUAAAGAAGCUAGGAGUAAAGAGGCAUCUGAUACCAUUAAUGCCAAAAUUCUAAGUGCAGCAGCUUGGUCUCGAGGAUCAGAGAAUACUAACGUAUCACUUCCAUCCGAAUUAGCGGAAUAUAUUAAGGAGAUUGAAGGCUUUUAUCAUCAAAAAUACACCACUCGGAAAUUACAGUGGCACCAUUUAUAUUCCAGCGGCACUAUCACAUUUGCGACUAACUAUGGUAAGUACGAUUUAGAAGUGACAACUUUCCAGAUGUCGGUCCUCUUUGCUUGGAAUUUGAGACCAAGUGAUGAAAUCUCGCUCGAUAGUCUACGGAUUGCAACAGGAUUGAAUGAAUCAGAACUUCGUAAAACAUUAUUUUCACUGACUAACAAUUCCAAAAUGAAGUACCAGAUUUUACUUGUCAAUCCAUCUGUGCAAUCAUUUCGAGAAUAUACCCAUCAAUCAAUUUUCAGGAUUAAUCGUGAUUUUAAUAUUGUUAAAUCUGGAAAAAUACAAAAAAGGGGUAAAGUUACCUUAAUUGGGCGAUUACAGCUAGCGCCAGAAAAGGGUAACGAAGAAGAAAAUAAAGAAAUUGCUAGUUUACGAAUGCUUCGAACACAGGAAGCUAUCAUUAAGAUUAUGAAGAUGAGGAAAAGACUUCGUUUUGGUCAGCUACAGACAGAGCUCGUGAAUGUACUUAAAAAUAUGUUUUUUCCGCAAAAAGCAGUCGUAAAAGAUCAAUUGGAAAAGCUGAUAGAAGAAAACUAUAUUAAGCGGGACGAACAAGAUUUAAAUACAUUUAUUUAUUUAGCUUAG